CGCCGAGCGUGGCCAUUGGUCGAAACGGCUCAGGCGUGAGGGGGCGUGGCCUGCGCCCUGACGUCACCGGGGGAAGCCUUUAUAAGCGGCGGCGCCGGGGAGGGGGGGAGCCAGAGAGCGGACGGCGGCGCCAUGGAGAGCAGCUACGAGGCGUGCGCGGAGGCGGCGGCCUGGGUGCUGGCGCGGGUGCCCACCCCGCCCCGGGUGGCCCUGAUCUGCGGGUCCGGGCUGGGGGCGUUGGCCCAGGAGCUGCGGGACCCCCAGGCCUUCGCCUACGCCGACAUCCCCCACUUCCCCCGCAGCACCGUGGCGGGUCACGCGGGGCAGCUGGUGCUGGGGCAGCUGGGGGGGGUGCCCUGUGCCGUGCUGCAGGGCCGCUUCCACCUCUACGAGGGCUACAGCCCCGCCCAGGUGACCAUGCCGGUGCGGGUGCUGUCCCUGCUGGGCGUCCACACGUUGGUGCUCACCAACGCCGCCGGCAGCCUCCAACCCUCCCUGGGACCCGGGCACCUCCUGGUCAUCCGCGACCACAUCGACCUGCCCGGCCUGGCCGGGCGCAACACCUUGGUGGGGCCUAACGACGAGAGGUUCGGGCCGCGGUUCCCGUCCAUGACGCCCGCGUACGACCCCGCCCUGCGACGCCUGGCCUUGGCCUUGGCCCCCCCGGAGCUGCGCGCCCGCCCCGGCGUCUACUGCGGCGUGGGGGGACCCAGCUACGAGACCUGGGCCGAGUGCCGCUUCCUGCGCCGCGUGGGCGGAGACGCCGUGGGCAUGAGCACGGUGGCGGAGGCGGUGGCGGCGCGGCACUGCGGGCUGCGGGUGCUGGGGCUGUCGCUGAUCACCAACGUGGCGCCGGGGGAGGAAGACGAGGAGGAAGAGGAAGAAGCGGAAAAGGAGGAAGAGGAAAAGCGGGGGGGGGAGGGGCGGCGGGGGGGGGGGGGAGGGGCAGGCCCCUCCCCCCGGUCACGAGGAAGUGCUGGCGGCCGCCCAAGCCGGGACGCGACAUCUCCGGACCCUGCUGGCGGCCUUGGCGCCGCGUCUGGGGCAGGAGGAGGCGCGACACGCUUAGGACACGCUAAGGGGAAGGGGGGUGCGUGCUAAGGACACGCUAAGGACACGUUAAGGAGGCGCUAAAAGGGGACGCAGAAGUUGGGGGGGGAGGGGGGAGCUCCCCCACCCCCACCCCCCCCCCAGCUCUCGCAUCCUCGGCCUUUGUUGCGUGUCGCUGGCGUGUCGCUGGCGUGUCGCUGGCGUGUCGUUGGCGUGCAGCUCUGCCUCGCGCGUGUCAGCGCCGCGGCGUUUCCCCGCCCACCCCCCCCCAAAAAAAAAAAAAAAAGGAUCGCGUGUCCGUCCCGUGUCGUUGCCGUGUCCGUGCCGUGUCAUUAACAGAUCCGUCCCGUGUC